AUGUUUUACAAUGCAGUAGCGUUUGUGCUUUUGGCGAUAGCUGUAGGACAGCGGGUGCAGGCAGCUAGAAUCUUGUCAAUAUUUGGUCAUCAAGGACCUUCGCAAUAUGUUUUCAUCGAACCCCUGCUCGAACAGUUGGCUGAGCGUGGACAUUACGUUACAUCCAUAACCAACUUCGAACAAAAUGUAAAACACGGAAAUUUGCGCUCCAUUGUAGUAAGUGAGAAUAAGUAUUUGUAUGAAGCAUUGCAACAUGCCACCAAUAAACCUUUUGACAAGGAAAAUUUUGAUACCAAUGGGAAAAUUUUUACCAAUGGCUAUGAAAUCGCCACCAAUAUUCUGAAGAAUUCAAUGAUCCGCCACAUAAUGCAGAAUGAGAGAUUCGAUGUAAUUCUCUUGGAUUUCAUAUUUUGUGAAUCACUUUAUGGACUGGUGCAACAUUUUGAUGCACCAGUUGUGGGUGUCUCAACAAUUGGUUCCACCGUCUCCAUUGAUGGAUUAAUGGGCAAUUCUGCACCACUUUCUUAUGUGGCAAAUUUGGCCAUGGCCCAUCGCUACGAUGAAAACAUGACAUUUUGGCAAAGAUGUUUACACAUUGGGCUUUGUUUUAGUCUCAAUAUAUUAUCAUUGUGAAUAUAUGCCAAUGA